UAGUAUGAGUGGAUAAGACACAGCAGCGCUGCUGGAGUUUUUAAACACCUUACUGUCCCUGCUGUCCCACUGUCCCUGAGGAAACCAGAGCUCCUGGAGGAAACCCAUCCAGACACGGGGAGAACAUGCAAACUCCACACAGAAAGGUCCUGGACCGCUCUACCUGGGUAUCAAACCUUCUUGCUUUCUGCGUGGUGGAAUUAAUCUUGUUGGGCUUAAAAAGCUUGAUAUGGCAACACAGUACCAAAGCGGAAAGCAUGACGUCACUGUCUGCAGGAGGAUAAGAGAGGACGCGCGGAGUGAAUGAUGAGGCUCCACCCAGCGGCUCCGCGCGGAACUGCACAUUGUGCAAGCUAAACACGCUGCUGCUUCUCUCCCUCUCUCUGCUCUAAAGUUUACUGAUCUUACACUCCAACUCAGUCUUUCAUCUUAACAGAAGUUUUCUCUAAUGCAAGCAGAAACCUGAAAAGGGAACCUCAUAAGGCAGCAUUCCUAACAAUGUUAAUAUUGCAGUUAAUGUCAGUGCUGUUGCCCGUUAUGUAUACACAGAUCACGGAGGAGGAUGUUCGAGCUGGUUGCAGCACAGCUGUGAAUGAUCUCGUUUACAUUAUUGAUGGUUCCUGGAGUGUGGGAUACAAGGACUUUGAUACAGCCAAACGCUGGCUGGUGAACAUCACCAGUGGCUUUGAUGUAAGCCCCCAAUACUCACAGGUAGCUGUGGUGCAGUACAGUGAUACUCCUCGACUGGAGAUCCCACUCGGUGCACAUCAAAACGCUGGAGAGCUCAUUAAAGCCAUACAGGCCAUUCGUUACAUGGGUGGCAACACGCAGACUGGACGAGCAAUUAAAUUCGCAAUCGAACAUGUAUUCUCGUCCUCGCGGCGUGGUGAUGCUGUUAAGAACCGCAUUGCUGUGGUGGUGAGUGAUGGAAAGUCUCAGGAUGACGUGGUGGAUGCUAGCAUGGACGCCCGAGCCGAGGGAAUCAUCAUGUUUGCAGUGGGAGUGGGUUCAGAGAUCACCACUUCAGAGCUGGCUGCUAUUGCAAACCAACCAUCUAGCCAUUAUGUGCUAUAUGCAGAGGACUACACCACCAUUGAUCGCAUCCGAGAAUCCAUGGAGCAGAAACUCUGUGAGGAAUCUGUUUGUCCCACCCGUAUUCCUGUGGCCUCUCGGGAUGAGAAGGGCUUUGAGCUGAUGCUUGGAAUGAAAAUCCAUCAGAAGGCCAAGGAGGUAAAGGGCUCUCUGCUGUCUGAGAAGGCUUACCUGCUGGAUAAAGGGGUCGAUAUUACUGAGAAGACAAGUGAGAUCUUUCCUGAAGGCCUUCCUCCAGCAUAUGUGUUUGUAGCCACUGUGCAGUUAAAAGGCCCAGCAAGCAGAGAGAAGUUUGACCUGUGGAGGGUGCUGUCUAAAGAUCAAGAAGUUCAAGUGUCUGUGAUGCUAAACGGACUGAACAAGUCUGUCAUUUUUACCACCACGAACAUGGCAAAUAAGGAACAGAAAAUCACGUUUGACGCACAAGGCAUCCAGCGGCUCUUUGACCAACGCUGGCACCAGCUGAAGAUUCUUGUAAGGCCAACACAUGUCGUCUGUUUUCUAGAUGACGAGGUGAUUCAGGAAGCUGAUCUGGAGCCAGUUGUAUCCAUUUACAUCAAUGGCAAAACCCAGGUUGCCAAACGCUACAAGACUGAGACCACAGUUCCAAUUACAAUUCAGAAAUUGAGGCUCUAUUGUGACCCAAUGCAAAGUGAAAGAGAAACUGCAUGUGAGAUCUACUCUGUGGAUGAUGACAGGUGCCCUCUGGACAGAGAGGUGCCUGAAAAAACAGAGGAGGAGUGUGACUGCGAUCAGGGGAUUCCAGGACCUCCUGAAGCACCUGGGUCAAAGGGUGAAAGGGGAGAGUCUGGACUUCCCGGUCCUGAUGGUAAGCCGGGCAUUAUAGGUGAACGAGGAAUGCCAGGACCGCCUGGUAAAGAAGGUCAAAAGGGUGAAACUGGUUUACGUGGGCCUAAAGGUGAUCCAGGAAUUAAGGGCAUAAAAGGUGAGAGGGGUCUGCAAGGGUUUCCAGGAAAACCAGGAGUUCCAGGACACGUGCAACCUCAAGGUGGAAAAGGUGAACAAGGACCCCCUGGAAAGCCUGGUCCAAAGGGUGACCCAGGAAUUCCAGGCACUGAUGGACUACCUGGCACAAUGGGACUAAAGGGUGAUAAAGGAGAUAUCGGGCAGCCUGGAGCAGAUGGACCACAAGGAGUGCCAGGUAUUCAUGGACUUCCUGGUGAGACUGGGCCAAGUGGACCUCGGGGGGUAAAAGGAUCACCAGGACAGAAAGGACCUGCUGGACCUAAAGGACCUCCAGGCAUUCAGGGUCCACCAGGACCCCCCGGUGCAGAUGGACAAAUCGGCCUUAAGGGAACUGCAGGGGAUCAAGGAUUACCUGGUCUUAUGGGCACACCGGGACUAAAGGGUGCAACAGGGGAACCAGGAUUUCCUGGUUUACAAGGUGCUCUGGGUCAUCCUGGUUUUAAAGGACACAAGGGGGACAUUGGAGAACCAGGUUUAAAGGGUGAGCAGGGGGAGAGAGGUAGCGAAGGAGCUCCUGGGGUGCCAGGCCCUCUGGGUGAGGCUGGACCCAAAGGAAGCAAAGGAGAGAGAGGUUCUUCAGGUGAGCCUGGAGUUAGAGGCCUUGAUGGAAAGAAAGGAGACUCAGGACAUGUAGGAAUAGUUGGGCCACGUGGUUCUCCUGGACAGGAUGGAUUACAAGGCCAUCCAGGUCUUCCAGGACAUCCAGGCAAACCUGGAAAGCCUCCUUCUAACGAACACUUGAAAAAGCUGUGUGGAGAUGUACUAAGACAGCAGCUCUCCCAGAUGUUACAGACAAUGAUUCCUCAAAGGUGUGAGCCAUGCGAGACAGUGAAAGGCCCCCCAGGUACACCUGGAAUUCCAGGUCUAAAAGGUUCUACCGGAACCCCAGGGUACCCAGGCAGGCCUGGCUCGCAGGGUUAUCCAGGGUCACCUGGUUUACAAGGUCCACCAGGGAUUAAAGGGGACAUGGGACUGAGGGGCUUUAAAGGCAACAAAGGAGAAGGCAGGCUUGGACAACCUGGACCUCCAGGAGAAAGAGGGAUCCAGGGUCCACAUGGUGCUGAUGGAAUUGGAUUGCCUGGUCCUCCAGGAAUUCCAGGCAAACCUGGCUCUUCGGGCAUUUCAGGCAAACGAGGAGCCCCAGGACCAGCUGGAGUCUGCGACAUGUCCAUCUGCUACCCAUCCUAUAAUAUCAGGGAGGAACACUACAGCAAAGGACCCAACUUUUGAGAUCCACAUACUUUGUAUGAUUGAUCGCUCAGAAAAUCCUAGAAAAUAGUAUGUAGUGGAAUUGGGAGAAAAGCAGGGCGUAUUGUUUUAUACAUAUUGUUUAUCAUUUUAUACAUUAAAUGUAUAAAAAGAGUCAAGAUGUUUUUUGCUUGUAUUCAAAUAUUUUAAUGGACUGUUUUUAGUGAUUAAAAGUGAAGAAACUUAUGGGAUUAUAGUAAUCAGCUGAAUUGUUCAUCUUUAAAGAAAUAGAUGUUCUCUGGUCCACAUUCGCACUGCCCUAGGGAAGCUACCUCUAUGUGGACUUAGAGGUAGUUAAUGUGAGAUUAUUUCAUCUUUUAUAUACUCAGUAUUAUUAUAUCUUCAGCAUUUAACAAUUUACAAAGCAAUUACACACACUUGUAAGGGAGAUGCACAGUAUGCUAUGGCAGUCUUGGGAUUUAAAGAGCUGCUGCAGUAGCUCUUUUUGGAUGACUGUUAUAUGUACCUUUCUAAAAAUGCAGCUAAAAAUAAAUAUUUUGCUCUCUAUUUGAAUUAUUUAU